AUGGGUCAAAUAGCCAAAAAGUUGAAUGCGCAACCUCAAGGCUCCCUAUCAAGUAACACAGUGACAAAUCCACAUGAACAAGCAAAUGCAAUAACUUCAAAAAGUGGAACAGUCUUGGAAGAGGUUGAACAAAAAGGGAAAGAUGAGAACCCACAAAAAGAAAAGGAAGAGUCUGAUGAGGAAAUCGAGGAAGAAAUCAUUUUUGAGGAAAAGCCAAAGAGUCCUAGAGAAGAAGAACCAAAUAAGGAAGAGAUACCAAAGCAAAAGAAGGAAAAAUUGCCAUUUCCUAAGAUACCGCCAGAGAGACUAGGGAUUGGUGAAGUGAGGCCUACAACUGUAUCUUUGCAGCUUGCAGAUCGAUCCAUCAAGCAUCCAAGGGGCAUUGUUGAAGAUGUAUUGGUUAAAGUGGACAAAGUCAUAUUUCCGGCAAACCUUGUUGUGUUGGAUAUGUACGAAGACAAGGAGAUUCCUCUUAUCUUGGGACGACCAUUUCUUGCUACCAGAAGAGCCUUAAUUGAUGUACAAGAAGGGAAGUUAAUCCUAAGGGUCCAAGAUGAAACGGUGACAUUUAAUGUCUUCGAGGCCAUGAAAUUUCCAUUAGAGUAA